AUGUUUCCCAUUCGCCCUGCAGAGGACGCCAACGUCCGGCCCUUGACGGAUGAGGACCACCACCUGCUUCUCCGACUUGUUCAGCGUUACGGCAUCCCCAGUCUCCUGUGCGCCCUGACCGGCUCUCCCGAUUCAUCGGGCGCCUCGACCUUGUCAGCGAGCACGCUGCUCAGCAACGUGAGCGCUCCGUCGCUGGCGUGGACCAGCUCAGCAGCGUCCCAGUGCCGGUCCGACGACGCCUCCAUCAACACCCAGUGCACGUGGCCCGAUGUGGCCACUGACGUGCAGCCCAUGCACGACCCGGAGCCCAGCAAGAUUAGCGAACGCUCGUGGCUCGACUCGCCAGCCCCCGUGCCGUCGCCGCUCCCCCCGAGUGACGUGACCUCGCACCCAUCUCCCCAGUUGGCGGUUCCUACGUCCAAAAAAUAUCAGUGCCCCAUGUGCUUCUUGGACAACAGCCCCGUGGGCUUUGGCCGAAAGAGCGACUUCAAGAAGCACCUACACAACUUCCACGGCUCCGACGUCGAGUGGAUCUGCCGGACCAAGGGCUGCCACCUGUCCUUCUCGACGGAGCGCGCCUACAGCACGCACGCCAAGGAGGCGCACCGCAUGAAGGCGCUGCCCAACAGCGCAGCCCGGACGGAGCUAUGCGCGCAGGUUGUCUUUGCCUGCGGUUUCGGCGCCUGCAAAGACCGCCUGUUCGAGGCCCGCACCGCCGACGACUCUUCCUCCACCCGUGACAAGCACUUUGAGCACAUUGCCAAGCACUUUGAGGAAGGCUUCGAUGUCAGACGGUGGGAAUACAGGGUACAGCUCCAGAACCUCAUGCGGCAACCCCAGGUCAAGCACACGUGGAAGACGUGCAUCUGGCCCAAGGAGAAGCGGCAGCAGCUCAUCUGGCGACCGCGCUCCUCGGGAGACCUAAAGCGCAUCCUCGAGUGCCGUCACCUGGGCGACAAUAUCCCCCAGCUCGUGCGGCUGGCCUACAUCUUGGGCACGCCGCCAUUCACCUCGCCGACCACACCGCCGAUGGGCGACGUCGAGAUGUACUUUCAGCUACCGUACCGAAGCUCCUGCCUCAUCAACUCACCGGGACACUCGACAGUGAACCUGAGCCCCAAGAUCGAGGACGACGCCGCGUCGACGCUAACCGUCUCCAAGAGGCGAUCUAGCCGCUCGAGCCUGACGCAGUCGGUGUUUAGGCUGUCGAGCCGGCAAGGGAAGCGGGCAUCUCGCCCGCCGACGCCCGCGAGCGUUCUCAGCAGCAGCGGAGCCGGGACGACGACACCAGGCAGCGGUGGGCACGGCGGACACAGCAUUCACGGCGACGACACAAUCAUGGGCGAAGACGCGACGGCGGCGGGCCCGCACCCCGGCACGCCGUUUCCGAUCCCCAACGAGGCCGUGUGGCCGCCCGACGCGCCCAAGUUUGCGCCCGAGGUGCAUGCCGGGCUACCCAAGCAAGUCAACACGCCCGUCGACAACGCGCCGAUGAUGUACCCGAUGCAGCUGGAGCAGAACCCGCAUCAGCCAUGGUGUGCCAUGGACGCAUUCGAUCCCUACUCUCCACAAAUGGGUAUGCCGCAGGGCAUGUACGAGUACCCGCUCAGCUCGACGCCGACGGUGCGGCCGGCGACGCCGGUGCCUCACAAAAGGCCAGCCUCGUGGGGGCGCGUCAUGAGCAUGGAGACGCUGCGGCCGGCCAAGAAAUCGGUGCCGCACGAGCACCCGUGCCCGCCCGAGCUGAUGCCCACGAUGCUGGGCAUGUAG